AUAACCUACGCAAAUGAUACUCUUUAUUUUUCAACAAACGUAUGUGAUAUUUUCGUCUUGUUUCGAUGCUCUGCGUUUGCUCCGCCACUCGCCCCACCGUGUGUGCUUCGUGCUGCUGUCAGUGUAUUAGAGUUUAGGAAGCCUCGUCGUUUUAUGUAAAGUUGUUUCUUUUCAUACGUUUCUUUUUUCGUUUUAUUGUUACGAUGGAAACUGCAACUAUAAAGUCACGGCCCUUGCACAACUUAAACCGCUGCCGUUCACCUGAAUACGAUUCCGGCUACAACAGUUUGCGUCCGAAACGUGUUGGAUCACGCUUUACCCGCAUUCACCGCUUAAGCUUUUGUCCUCCGCUGAUACCCAUCAAACUAGACCAAGGAGAAAAAGAAGCAAAGCAAAAGCAAAGAGCAGAAGAAACGUUAGAGCCGCAAAAAAAUAAGCCCGACGAAGAAGGGGAGGAGGUUGCAGUACAGCGACCUUGGAAUUUGAGGCCGAGGAAGAUGGUGAUGGUGGAGACGUCCGCGGCGGCAGCGACAACGGUGCCGCCAGAAAAGACUACUGAAACAGCGGCCCCGAAGUCAACUAGAUCAAGGGUUUCGGCUGAAAACGGAGGGGUUGUAGAAAAGAAAGAGAAAAGAAAGUUUCGUAUAGCUAUAUCGAAGGAUGAAAUUGAAGAAGAUAUCUUUGCCUUGACAGGAGCAAGGCCCGCUAGAAGGCCCAAAAAAAGGCCCAAGAACAUCGAGAAACAGCUUGAUAAUGUUUUUCCUGGGUUAUGGCUAGUUGGCUUGACGCCUGAAGCUUACCGUAUCGUUGAUGCUGCUCCUAACAAGAAAUAGACCUGCUUUUAGAUCCUUAAAACAUUAUCAGAUACAAAGGGGAUGAUAAUGGUGUUGAGGAAUUUGGAAAUUUAGGAGCUUUGUAGGGUAUGCCCCAUUGAGACCUCAAAAUGUUUUUUUGAGGCAUGAUGAAAAUAUGUAAAGAAAAAUGGGAAUUAUGAAAAAAUAUUUAUUUUAUUCUCAUAAGUUAUAAGCGAUAAGAUUAUAAAUUGCUGUUCAGACUGGUAGCCCUUUAUAAGAGAGAGUUUGUUUCAAGUGCUCUUCAUUUCAGCUUGCUGAAAGAGUUACAAUUACGGUAAAAAAAAUUUUGUUUUGGUUACAAA